UUAUUUUCCUAUACCCUCAGAAGAAGAAGUCGCCUUUGGUCUCUUGUGAUAAUGCUAAUGGCUUCUUCAUCAACAUUUUUUGGUUUGUCGAUGGUUUUGGUUUUCCUAUUGGCCUUGGGGAGUAUUGCUCCCUUAGCUGAGGCUCGAGCAUUCUUUGUUUUUGGUGAUUCACUUGUCGAUAGUGGCAACAACAACUACCUUGCAACAACUGCCCGUGCAGAUGCACCCCCUUAUGGAAUUGAUUACCCAAGUCGAAGACCCACCGGGCGUUUCUCUAAUGGCCUUAACAUCCCAGACUUGAUUGGUGAGCAAAUUGGCUUAUCAGAAUCCCCAUUGCCAUACUUGAGCCCGGAGUUUAAUGGGCAAAAGAUGCUUGUUGGUGCCAACUUUGCUUCAGCUGGGGUGGGAAUCCUUAAUGACACUGGAGUCCAAUUUGUAAAUAUAAUAAGAAUGUCUGGACAGCUGAAGUACUUUCAGGAAUACAAGCGAAGACUGACUGCUCUCGUUGGAUCAAGGCAAGCUCAUCAACUUGUAAGCCAAGCACUUGUCCUCAUCACUGUUGGUGGCAAUGAUUUUGUGAAUAACUACUACUUGGUGCCCUACUCUGCAAGAUCUCGCCAAUAUAAAUUGCCAGAUUAUGUCAAGUUUCUCAUUUCCGAAUAUCGAAGACUCUUGAUGAGGCUAUACAAGCUAGGAGCACGCAGGGUUCUAGUGACAGGCACUGGGCCAAUGGGUUGUGUUCCAGCAGAACUGGCUAUGAGGGGCACCAAUGGGGGAUGCUCAGAAGAACUACAACGAGCUGCAUCUUUGUACAACCCACAACUGGCUCAGAUGUUAAAUGGACUCAACAAGAAUAUUGGCAGAGAUGUAUUCGUUAGUGCAAAUACUCAAAAAAUGCACAAUGAUUUUGUCAGUGACCCUCGAGCCUUUGGAUUUACAACAUCACAGAUAGCCUGUUGUGGGCAAGGACCUUACAAUGGACUCGGUCUGUGCACUCGACUGUCAAAUUUAUGUCCAAAUAGAGCUCUCUAUGCAUUCUGGGAUCCAUUCCAUCCAUCAGAGAAGGCUAACAGAUUGAUUGUGCAACAGAUAAUGACCGGCUCUACUGAGUACAUGAACCCCAUGAAUCUCACCACCAUAAUGGCCUUGGAUUCCAGGAUCUGACAUCUACCUUUUUUCACCCUUUUGGCUGUUCUGUCUGCAAUAAUCUGUUCCUUCACUGUCAUAAAUGUUAUAUCCAGCUUGUUUGCUUUGUCUUGAAUAUUUGUAAUGGAGUUCAAUAUUGGAUUGUAAUGUUGGGCUUCCAUUUUUAAUGAAAUGAUGAGUAAUUAGGCAAUUAAUGCCUUUAGUCUUUA